AUGGCGACGACGAGCAAACAGUACAAAGCCAUCGGAGAGGACCUUUGGAAAAGUCGCACAGAGAAGAUUAAUUCAGAGCUAUUUGCUCUUACAUAUGGCGCCCUCGUCGUCCAGUUGAUCCAGGACUAUGAAGAUUAUGCUGAAGUGAACAAGCAACUUGAUAAAAUGGGAUAUAACAUCGGGACACGUUUAAUCGAGGACUUCCUUGCAAGGAGCUCUUUAGGUCGUUGUUCUGACUUCCGAGAAGUAGGCGAGGUGGUGGCGAAGGUCGGGUUUAAAUCCUUUCUAAAUAUCACACCAACAGUUACACACACUGGUGCUCCACCACCUUCCUCCCGCCCAAACAGUACAUCCCAACAGUCGGGAGUCCUUGGCUCGUCGUUCAUUCUGACCAUGGAUGAGAAUCCCUUGGCUGAAUUUGUUGAACUCCCUGACGAGUCUUUGGAAGGAGGUUUAUGGUUCAGUAACGUGCUGUGCGGUGUUCUUAGAGGAGCACUUGAAAUGGUCCAGAUGCAGGUGCAGGCGGAGUUUUUGUCUGAUGUACUUCGUGGGGACGAGAGCACGGAGAUUCGGGUAACCUUGUUGAAGUACCUGGAGGAAGAAGUGCCGGUCGGAGAUGACUAGAAGUUGCAAACAGGCCGCCUUGCGUCAUAUUGUACUUAGGAAUAGUGUAUUGUCUAGAAGACACUGGAAGAGAAUAAGGGAGAUGCGCGGAGAGGGAUGUAAGUGACUUCCGAGGAUAUAAGCACAUACAUAAUUGGGCGGUAAAAACCCUCAACCACGACGAUCGACCCUGUUGAGUUUCUUUGCGGUCCGCGCGUUGUUUUGGGUGUUCUGUCCGCGGACGGGC